AUGUCAGGAACAAACGUAUUGUUACUGUUAUUAUUGCUAUCCAUAAUUAACAUUUCCACAGAAUAUGUUAUCAGCAAUGAACCUCGUAAUGAAAUCGCUCCUCUUGCGCCUCGUAAUGAAAACGCGUCUCUUGACGAAAUCGCGCCUAGUGAUGCUCAUUAUUACCCAGUGCAUGAAUUUGAAUUAAUGAUUCAUGGAAAUUCCACAUUUUUAAAUAAAGUAUGUGUUCAUUGGAUUGAUGCGCAUCAGAAAGAGGCUUGGCAUGAUUGUAGUAUAAAUACAGCAGGUCUAACGGCGACAACUACUCCAAACUGGUCAUCCGGAUAUAAAUUUUCUUUUCAUUUCCAAUUAAAUACAGAUCACUACGGACCUGUAUUUUGGUGGGAUGGAUGGAAAGGAAUGGCAUUUUGCAAUAACUUAGUAAUACACAAUGUUAUAGUCGGCUCAAAGUCUACCUUCACUCAAUUUACUAAAUGGCAGAAGUGCAACCUUACAUGA